AUGAAUGAAUUCAUCCUCUCAUCCACACAGAUCGGGUUCACCACGGAUCCCAGGAUGGCGCGUUCGUCUCCGUAUCCCACGGACGUGGCACGCGUCGUCAACGCUCCCAUCUUCCACGUCAACGCAGACGACCCGGAGGCUGUGAUGUAUGUGUGCAAAGUGGCAGCCGAGUGGAGGAACACCUUCCAUAAAGAUGUAGUGGUGGACCUGGUGUCUUACAGACGCAACGGCCACAACGAGAUAGACGAGCCGAUGUUCACGCAGCCGCUGAUGUACAAGCAGAUCAAGAAGCAGAAAGGAGUCCUGCAGAAGUUUGCAGAAAAAGUCAUCGCCGAGGGCGUCGUCACGACACCAGCGUACGAGGAGGAAGUAGCGAGGUACGACAGAAUAUGCGAGGAGGCUUACGCUCGCUCCAAAGAUGAGAAGAUCCUUCACAUCAAACACUGGCUGGACUCGCCGUGGCCCGAUUUCUUCACAUUGGAGGGACAGCCUAAGAGCAUGAGCUGCCCCUCCACUGGCAUCAGUGAAGAAGAGCUCGGCCAUAUUGGAAAUAUCGCUGCUUCCGUCCCCGUGGAGGACUUCACGAUCCACGGAGGUUUGAGUCGUAUCCUAAAAGGCCGUACGAAUAUGGUGAAUCAGCGAGUGUGCGACUGGGCCCUCGGGGAAUAUAUGGCCUUUGGCUCUCUGCUCAAAGAUGGGAUCCACGUUCGCCUCAGCGGACAGGAUGUGGAGAGGGGAACAUUCAGCCAUCGGCAUCAUGUUCUUCACGACCAGAACGUUGACAAGAGGAUCUGCAUCCCGAUGAACUACGUCUCCCCCGAUCAAGCUCCGUACACCGUCUGCAACAGCUCUCUGUCGGAGUACGGAGUGCUGGGUUUUGAACUGGGCUUCGCCAUGGCCAGUCCCAACGCUCUGGUUCUGUGGGAGGCCCAGUUUGGAGACUUUCACAACACGGCUCAGUGCAUCAUCGACCAGUUCAUCAGCUCCGGUCAGGCCAAGUGGGUCCGACAGAACGGCAUCGUGCUGCUGCUUCCUCACGGCAUGGAGGGAAUGGGUCCGGAGCACUCGUCUGCUCGCCCUGAAAGGUUUCUGCAGAUGUGCAACGACGAUCCUGAUGUUUUCCCCAAACUGUCGGAGGACUUUUCGGUGCGUCAGCUGUACGACUGUAACUGGAUCGUCGUCAACUGCUCGACUCCCGCAAACUACUUCCACGUCCUCCGCAGACAGAUCCUGCAGCCCUUCAGGAAGCCCCUGAUCGUGUUCACUCCCAAGUCGCUGCUGCGCCACCCGGAGGCCAAGUCCAGCUUUGACGACAUGCUUCCAGCGACUCACUUCAAGCGUUUGAUCCCAGACGACGGCGCUGCAGCCGCCGACCCAGAGAAGGUGAAGAGAGUCGUUUUCUGCUCCGGAAAGAUCUACUACGAGCUGAUCAGAGAGCGCAGGAACAGAGGCCUGGACCAGGAUGUGGCCGUGGUCCGCGUGGAACAGCUCUCACCGUUCCCGUUCGAUCUGGUGAAAGCGGAGACGGAUCGAUACCUGAACGCUGACCUGGUCUGGUGCCAGGAAGAGCACAAGAACCAGGGCUACUACGACUACGUCAAGCCCCGCCUCCGCACCACCAUCGGCCACACGCGGCCCGUCUGGUAUGCCGGUCGUGACCCUGCAGCCGCUCCAGCUACCGGGAACAAACCGACUCACCUGGCGGAGCUGCAGCGUUUACUGGACACGGCCUUCGAUGUGGAGGCGUUCUCAGGGAAAGUGUAGCCGCAGGUUUCACACCUACUCGUGUUUUUCAUUUACACAUCGUAUAAAACGACGCACAAUGAAAAUAACACUGUUACCGUGACGUCCGCGUGUUCACAGAGAUGGUCGCUGCUGUUAAGUUUCACCUGCAUUAAAUGUAGCAAUUUAUACAAAAUGUAAUUUAAUAAUGAGACUUUUAUCUUCAUUUUAGCUUUGCUUUCAUUUCAAAAUAAUGUCAUGAUGAUAAUAAUAAUAAUGAUGAUGCACAUCCAGAAUCUACCAAAAUCACCUGCUCAACACACGUUUGAAUCAUUUAUUGAUCCGCGGUAGAAUUUCCUAGAAAUGUAUUUUAGUUAAAAGACAAUCAGAGGAAACCUUGACUACGUUUACAUGCCCACUAAUACUCCACUGUUAUUCAGAAUAUGAUGAUAUUCUGAAUUUAAUAUGGUUCAAACGUCAUAUUCUGAAUCCUCUCGUGCAUGUAAACGUAGUCACGGAUGCACAUAUUUAUUUUUCAAUAGUCUGAUGGAAAAUAAGGGUAUUCUUGCCAAGAGUUGGCUGAGAUCGACAUCACUGUUAUCAGUCCGUUAGCUUAGCUUAGCAUAAAGACGAAACGGAAACUCAAAAACUCACUUUUUUUAAUGAAUCCGUUGAAAUCCUAAAGUGUAAAAAUGACACUUUAUGCUUUUAACGGGGUUACGUGUCAGGCUAGCUUUAUGCUAAGCUAAGCUAACUAGCUGCAUAUUUAGCCGUGAAAGCAAAUUGGUGCAUUUCACCCAGAAUGUGAAACUGGUCCUUUAAACUGGAAUUGAUUUGUCUGCGAUAUAAUUUUUUGUGAUUAUUUGAAAUGAUUGAGCCGAGGUUCACGAUAUUUUAUUAUGUUCGUGAGUCAGUCCUCCAAAUAUUAACAUGAAUUAAAAUCUUUUAUUCAGUCAAAGAGUAAAGAAACAGACGUCAACAUGCAGCUUAUCUUCAUCACACCUCUAUUUAUUUGCUCCUCCUCUUCCUCCGGCCUUCAUCCUGUAUUACGUAACGACGUCACGUCUGGAACGAAGGAGACUUCUGAGGCGCAGCUGAAGGAUGUAUUUAUGUUCAUAAAGUGUUGUAUGUUUUGGAUAAAUAAAGAUUGUAGUUCCUGGUGAA